GUCAAAAUUAAUAAUAAAGUUACUUUGACACAUACACGUUUGAUGGUUUUUUUUGUUAAAUUUAGCAGAACGGAUGAAAUUUUGCUAAACUUCCAAAGUAAACGAUAAACAAACAAAAUGGGAGCAGCACACUCAUCAGAACCCAGGUCCGUAUCUAUGGAUAAUCCAACACCGGCUGGUGUUAUUGAUAUAUCCGAUGAUGUAGUGAACCGUUUAAAGCAAGGCAUUACCAAACAGGCUAAAGAAAAUGCUAAAGCUGAAGCCACCUCACCCAAAAAAGAAGUUCCAUCAAAAGCAGCCCCUGCUCCUGCAGCUGCUCCAGUUAGACAACCUGCAGUUGUUUAUAAAAAUCCUCCACCUGUAGUUUAUGCUGCUCCCGGUGGCCACACAAUCAGCGCCAUUGAUGUUCACCGUCAGAAAGAAAUUGAACUCCAACAAAACGACGCCAUGUGGCGCCAACGUAUGGCACAAUUGGAACAGACUCUUAAAAAGACCAAUGCCAUUAUGGAAACUGAAUAUUCCUCGGCGGUCGAAGAUGUUCGCAAACGUUUUGCCACAGCUUCACCCAUCCAUCAACUGCCACCAUGCCAGGAUCUUAAAGCACAAGUUAUUGCCUGCUAUCGUGCUCAUCCCGGUGAGACUCUUAAAUGUGCAGAGGAAGUAACUGCUUUCCGUAACUGUGUUAAUUUGAAUCGCAUUAAGAAACUAGAUGCUGCCGAAGCACCGGCUGCCGCAAAACCCGCUAAAGCAGCAUAACCAUUUGAAACGAUUCCCUAAACGUUUUACAAAUGUGUAAAGACUCUGCUGCUUUUCAUACUGGGUGUUUCAACGGACUAUAGAUGUCUUUUGGUCAUCUUAUAGUUUAAUAAAAAUUACCUCUUUAAUUUUUACCUAAUUUUGUGGCAGUCUUUAGUUGUUUUCUGUUUAAUUUUAUCAUAAUCCUAAUUUUCUGCUGCAAGUGUAUUUAAAAUGAAAAUGUCGAUAAACAUAAAAGUGAAUGCUGAAAUUUAUGAAAGUGUAACUUGUAAAGUGAAGUUUCAUUAAAAAGGAAACUAAUUUAAAUAUACAUUAUAAUAUUAUGUGUUUAAUUUCG